AAUUAUAAUAUACCUUUAGUUGUUACAAUUGAAAUUAUAUUGUUAGUACAAGACAUUCAUUACUGUUGCAAUUAUAAUCAACAUUAAAAUGAGUUUCUAUGUUUUUUGUUGUGGAAUAUUAUGUUUGAUGUGUGUAAAAAUUGCGUCCAGCAAUAACAAAGAAGAUUAUCCCAUUUCAAAUUAUAUUAUGAAUUUAGGAUUACGUAUAUUUAAUAAUGGAUCUAGUCCUGCUGACAUUAAAUUAACAUUUGGCGCAAUAAGAAGUAUUAUAGUCAGAGAAAAAAUGGAUACUAGUUUUUUUCAAUACUACAUGGAUGAGGAAACACAUCCAAGUAUAGAGAGAUCAUUUGUAUCUUCGAUUUUUACUGCAUCGCAUAAUUUAAUGAAAAUAGAUGAAGGUAUUCUUAAAAAUCAGCUUUCAAACAAUGGUACAAAAACAGAUGGCCUCGCCAAAAAAGAAUUUGCGAAACAAGUGUUUUUAAAGAGCAAUUUGUUUCGUGGUAUAUUAUCUGAAAAGGUCCUUGAUAAUAUAAUUGAAAAAUGUAAAGUUGAUAAUGAUAACAUCAAUUACAAAGGUAUUUAUCACUUCUUUAAAAACAUGAUAAAAAUCAUUACCGACGGUAGUGUAGAUAAUGAAUUAUAUUUAAUUUGGAAAACAAAAUCAACAGAUGAUACAUUAACAACUUCUACACAUAGUUAAUAAUAAUAUAGUUAAACUCAUUAAAAAUUGUGUCAAUAAUAUAAAUUAUAGAAACUAUUAAAUUUAUAAAUAAGUAUUUAAAUUUAUUUACAUCAAAUUAUGUUUCAUUUGUUAUAGUGACAGAUCUGUUCUAUUUUGCCAUUAGGCGAUAUGUAUCACAUUUAUUCGAAUAUAAUGACUUUAAUAUAUUUCUUUGAGAAAAAUUUGUAACUUUUUUGUUAUUAAAAUUUGUACAAAAAUAUAUUAUCACUUUUACAAAAAUAAAAAAUUUGUUACUUUU